UUGUAUUUGAUUGAUUUUUGUAGAAAUUUAUUGAGCUCCUACGGAAGGGAACAAUGGAGGAUCGCGAUUCUGCAAUUGAGUGUCUGAGGGCGGCUCUUGCCCCUUGUGCUCUCGAUGCUUACCCGGAAGCAUAUGAGGAAUUCAAGCACGUUCUGCUUGCUUUUAUAUACGACAAGGAUGAUAAGAGUUCUCCGGUAGCAAAUGAGUGGUCUGAAAGGAGGAGACUUGACUUAGCUGGAUUUAUGUCCUCUAUGUUAAGAGCUCAUUUAAAUGCAUAUGAUCCAGUUUUUUCACUGGCUCUCAGAUAUUUGAUAAGCAUACACAGGGCAUAUUGUUUACGUCAAGGUAUUACAUCACCCAUCUCUGAUUUGACUGAAAGAUUGCUCCUUGAAGAGCGUGACCAUCCUGCAAUACCACAGGACAUCUUAUAUGAAGUACCACCAUUUGAUGAGGUUGACAUUCAGGCUCUUGCACAUGCUGUAGAGCUUACCAGACAAGGGGCAAUUGAUAGCUUGAGAUUUGCUAAGGGUGAUCUGUUUCUGGCGUUUCAGAAUGAAUUAUGUCGGAUAAAGUUGGAUACUCCAUAUCUUGAUCAACUUGUUCGUGAGUAUUGUGUUUACAGAGGCAUUAUUGAGUCUGUGUCUGAGAAGCAACCUAUUCCUGAACCUGUAAAAUUCAGCCAGCAAGACCCUGUUUGUUUCUCAUCAAGAGAUUGUUCACUUGAGCUAGAUUGUAAUGUUGGCAAGCAUUCUGAUGGUGAAACUUCUGUUACAAAUGUUCGUGUGGAUGGUUCCCCUGAAAAUAAUGCUGACGUGAGUAGCAUGCAAGGAAUGGAUGUUGAAGUACGAUAUGCUUCUGAGCUGACAAACAGUCAUGAGGACUGUAGCACGAGUGGAUCACAGCUGCUCGAGAAUCCAAGUAUCUUGCAACGAAGAAGAAUGCCUGGAAAUGGAGAAAGGAGCAAACGCAAGCGCUGGAGAGGAAGAUAUGAUUAUAAUAACUAUGUAGCCAAUGCAUCUUUGGAAGAUAGCAAGCAAGAAAAUAGCAUAAGUACUGCUGUAUCAACUGUAACAAAGGAGAAGCAGGGUUGCGAAAAGCUUUCUAUAAAUGAUGCUAGUAACACUGAAGAUAAAUAUGAAAUUCUGUUGGGAAUGAAAGAUUUGGCUAGUAAUGGAAUGGCUGCUGAAGCAGUUGAAGAAGUCAAUGCUAUUGAUCCUAAUUUCUUCUCUCAGAACUGUGUUUUACUCUUCCAACUCAAGCAGGUUGAGUUUCUGAAGUUAGUCAGCUCUGGUGAUUAUAAUGCUGCUUUAAAGGUUGCUUGUUCCCAUUUGGGUCCUUUAGCAGCUAGUGACCCUACUUUAUUGAAGCCCUUGAAGGAAACUCUCUUGGCUUUACUUCGACCUAGUGAAGAUGCUCUUGGAAGUGCUUUACCUCUAAAUGCUUUAGCUGCUUCUCUACAGGUCGCAGUUGGUAGGAGGCUUGGGGUUGAAGAACCGCAACUCAUGAAAAUAAUGCGAGCCACUCUACAUACACAUAAUGAGUGGUUCAAACUUCAGAUGUGCAAAGAUCGGUUUGAAGGUCUCCUGAGGAUCAAUUCUUUGAAGGAGGUUCAUGCUCCCUUCCUCACUUCCAUGUGUACCUCUAAGUCGCAUACUGACAGCUGCACGAAUGGUUCAUCUCAGGCUACUGUAUCUUCAGGCACGAGACCAUCAGAAGAUGGAAGUAGUCCAACUCAAGAUUCUUCACGAGAUGCCAUCUGUGAUGAAGGUGCAAUUCUCAAAGUAAUGGAGUUUUUGGCUUUGCCUAGGGCCGAUGCUAUCCACCUGCUUGCACAAUACAAUGGAAAUGCGGAGACGGUCAUUCAACAGUUAUUUGCCUAGCCUUUGUGAAGGAAUAUCUAGUUUACUAUUUUGAAGAGAGGCCCAAGUAUUAUUUUAUUCAAAUUUGUGAAUUUAUGAUAUGUGUACAGAAUACAGAUAGCUGCAAAGAGAGGCUUUCCUUAACGUUUGAAAUCUCUGUACAGAUUCUCAAUUUUUAUACUCAGUUUUCAUGAGGAAGUUGUGAUCAAUAAAAUAAUUAUUCUGAUUUA